CUCUCACUCCCUGACUCGUGCGGGACCUGGAAAGACAUCUUGCGUGUGGCUCAUUACUCUGAUGUGCUUUGUGGCGUGCAGGUCAGAGCACCACACUCCGGCCAAGUGAUUUGAAGCAAGCCAACUCACUACUCAAAGAUGACAUUGUGAGAGGACUAUGCAGGCAUCCAAAGAACCACACGACCCCUGUCCCGCCUUACCUGUCCUAUAAGUCUUCAUUUCUGCAUUUCCAAUAAACUAGUCUUCCGUCAACCACGCUCACGAUCUCCUCAGUGCCAAUGAAAUGCUCACCUCCCUAGGGAAAGAUUAACGAACAAGAUAUCAUCAUCAUCACCAUCACCAUCUGGGCAGCCAACCCUCUGCUCGCUCCUUCAUUAUCAUCAUCACCAUCAUAACACAAAGCUGGGAUAUCUUCACUAUACAUAUAUUUCUGUUUCUUGCAACAUCCUCCCCCCUCCCACUGUCUGUCCCCUCUCUUGUCCCCCUCCUUCUCCUCCCUCGCCGUGUGCCCGCCUCACCUUGCCUGCAGCGGUAAGGAGCCAUGGAGGGACACUCGUCAGUCGAGGUCGGGAGGCACGCGGGUGCGGACGCGGGCGAGACGGAGGUAUGCCGCUCCAGCAAACCAAAACAGCAAUUACUCCCAAAACCACAGCAACAGCGGCAGUGGAGCUAUCUAGAUCAGGAAACUGACUGUCCAAACGAAGACGAGGAAGAGGAGGAGGACACAUACCCGGACGAAAUGACGGCUGGAAGUAGCAUCAGUAGCAGCCAUCGGGCCGCCUCCGUCUCGCCCCAAGCCUGCUCCAUGAACAGAAAGAGUAACAAGCCCCUCAUGGAGAAGAAGCGCCGCCAGAGGAUUAACCGCUGCCUCAACGACCUCAAGUCCCUGGUGCUGGAGGGAAAAAACAAGGACCCGUCGCAAUACAGCAAGCUGGAGAAGGCUGACAUUCUGGAGAUGACGGUGCGGCACGUGCAGGCCCUCCACCGCUUGGGCGUGGGCAGGCUGAGCAGCGGCGGGCGCGUGUUGGGUGGUGACGAGGAGGGUAAGUACAGGGCGGGCUUCACUCACUGCGUGACGGAAGUAGACAAGUAUCUGAGGUACUUGUCAGGCCUCGGUGACCUCCCUCAGGAUGUCCACAAGAAACUGUUUGCUCAUCUCAACUCUAUCGCCACUUCCGUCACCUCUAACGUGAACGCCAGCACCACUACCGUCCAGAACAGCGUCAACGUGAUGACUAACCCCAUGCCCUUCAUCCUCGUACUGAACACCACGCCGUCCCAGCCGCCCGCCACCAUCGCCAUCCCCGAAGCCGCCGGCAACUCGCUCGGCGCGCAGCCUGCCGUAACGCUGGUGACCACGUCAAAGUUGGACAGCAUAGACAGCGCUGUUCCUCGCGGGGGAGGCCCUCAAAUGAUGCCUCAACACGUGAACGGUGGAGACGUGACACUGGUGCUGCCUCCCACCCACCAGGUGACCCCACAGAUGAGUCACGCCAGAAACCAACCCAGCGCCGCCCUGCAGGCGUCUGCACCCGUCCUGACGGCCAUCCUCACUUCAGACAGGGGCCGGUGUGUGCCUCCCACCGUGGUGCAGCCUCCAGCACUCUCCACCAGCAGCGAGGACUCUGCGCUGGGCCCCGACAUCCUGGAUACGUCUGAUAGCGACAUGAGUUCGUCAGGACUCAGCACACCCUUGUCCUCCAUGAGCAGCGCAGGCUCCCCCGCCCCAGCAGACGACGCUGGCCGCUCUUCUCCUCGAAGGCCUGCAGGCUCCAGAUCCCCGCCCUUCAAACCUCACAACUGGAGCAGCGGAGUGUUCAGAGAGGAGCUUGGUGGGUCAUCAUGCCACAGCCGUCCAGCUGUCCGCCGCCAUCCUGUCUUGGCCCCGAAGCCCACGCAAGGGGGAUGGCCGCAGUGCCCCGCUCCGCUGCCCAACACUUCGAAAAAACGGAAGGAUAAAAGUCCACCUCCGCCACCUGCUGAGCCCCAGUCUAUGUGGAGGCCUUGGCACUAACUAUCAUGGCAGUACACGGCUGCAGCAAGACCCACUGCCCCUCGAGGGCUACCGCAGCCUGCAGCCUGCACCUCCACCGGCUUCCAAGGAGCAUCAACUUUCUUUUCAAAGGUCAGUCAACCACUCGAAGCUUUCUUUCCCAUUACUCUAUCAAUCUGUUGGUCGCCUGCGUCCUCUAGGCAGUCGACUGUCGUGUACCAGCUAGCAGCCCCGAGAGGGAGCUGCAGAAGGGCUCACCACCCGCCCCCCUAUCUCAUGAUCUCAUGUUGUUGUCCCACUGUGAGUCUGAAGGCCACGCUGGGGGCGGACCAUUCUCCGUCAUACUCAGCUGCCCGGGCACUUGCCUCAGCAGCAGCACAUCAGCCAGUCAGCAAACAGCUGUGUGCUGCUGCUGCGACGCCGGGUAGGCGACUCCCUUCCACCGCACACCCACUCCCCCCACUAUACCGACCCCCGGCGCCUUGGCCCAGGCUUCGUUUGUUUGUUUUGGGGUCUUUAAGACACUUUGUUAUACGCUUAACCACACUGGGCCACUAACAGGCACUUGCUACUGCACGUGUGUGUUGCACUGCACCCUGCACCUUGCACCGUGUGUGUUUUUCUUGCACCUGUACCUUGCACCGUGUGAUUUUUUACUGCACUUUGUACCUUGCACUUUGUACCUGCACGCCCCGCACCCCGCACCUGCACCACAUUACCUCAAUGAGGAGACCCAACGAGGGGCCGCGCGCCGGAAGCCCCUGGGAGAGCUCGGUCCCCACAGCGCCUCGUCGAGGCGCUGAGGGGAGCGCUGCUAUCCCUUCAGCACUCACACAAAUCAAAACUUGGUCGUGAGGCUUCCAUUAGGGCGCCACAACACCCCGGCUCCUCCCCUGCCGCCACCAGGCAGGGAAGGAGCUGCCAGCCUCGCGGCGGCCCCUCGCCUCGCCUCCCGCUUACUGUGGUGGUGUGUAAACUGUGAUUCACCGGAACCCUCGCGCCGCCUCUCCCCCGUGCCAUACUGCACUCCCCACCCUCACCCACCUUCGCCUCCCCCGCUGACCUGGCGCGCCUCCCUGUCGUGAUGGUGCCUCGUGUCAGUUUGAAGGCGCCGCACCAUCAAAUAAUAUUUUCAUCACGUUUAUUAGGUGGAUUAUUGUUGUCUCAGGUUGACACUGUUCUUUUCAAAAACAAAAUUUCACAGUGCAGUGUGUCCUGAGAGCCGCCAGGUCACCGUGUCUCCCAGUCCCGAGAACACGUCCCUCGCACCGUCCUGCCGCCCGGGCCCGUCUGCCCCGCUCCCAACCUGCCACACUGGUUCCCUCUGCUGCCGGCCUCACUCCGUCACUUGUUCCUGCUGACCCACCGUCUAGUCAUUAUUCCCGAGUAUAUAUUUCCCUAUAUGGUGCCAGGCCGUGUGUUACGCUGAGCUCUGGCCGGAGACAAGGAACACAACCAAGGCAGCAGUGAAGGACGCAGCAGCAGUAGGGAAUCCAUGUUCAUUUUUAAGAGAUAGUUCAUGUUCUUUUUUUUUUUUUUCUAGUGUCGUUUUUAAGAAUAUGAAUGAUGUACUAUUUAUACGCGUGUGUGCGCGUCUACGUGAAUGACAUCUAUGAGACGGAGGCCAGGGUCCAGCAGUAUUCUGGCUGCCCUCGCCGUCUCCAAAAUACUAAACGUUUUAAAUAGACGAUGCCAGCCAAGGCAAGUUUAUUUGACACCAAUGGCCACCGGUACAUGUUCUCUGAAGCCUCAGAAGUAGUAAUCAGUUUCAGGCGAGGUAGAAUCCACCGGUUUUGGCAGCUACUCGUACUUGUAAGCAACUGGAUAUUCGCGCCACUAGUCAACUCCUCUUUACGCGGCAACAGCACUCCGUGGCAUAAUGUUCAUUUUUUAGUAACUAGGCAGGUGAUUCCGCUCAUACAAUAAAUUUCGUAGCUGCCUCGAUCUCUGUGAAGUUGAGAUUUCCGCUCCAGCAACGCGCGCGUGCGGGCGACGGACGAGUUCCGCGGCAGGACGGUCCCCGCGGAGGGCGAGGUGGGUAAGGAAUUGUUUACUUACACUCCACUUUCCUGGAUCAUUGGUGUGACAUCAUGGAACCUUGCAUGCUCUGCAGCCCCUUGUAAUCACCAAAAAAAAAAGUGUGUGUGUGUGUGUGUGUGUGUGUGUGUGUGUGUGUGUGUGUGUGUGUGUGUGUGUGUGUGUGUGUGUGUGUGUUUGAACACGGGGCUUGGAAGCAAACAGCAUGUCUUAGUUCUGGCUCAAGAGAAGGCUGGUUUCUUGACGUCACAAAGGCUCACUUCACACCCUUCCCCCCCCCCACCUCUCCUACCCUGGCUCAUCUACUUAUUGAAAAAUGUAUAUUAUUUAUGGAUUGUUGAAUUAGUCAGUCAGAAUCUUGUUGAUAUGGACGUUCCCAUUUAUUUAUUUAUCACCACAUGUGAUGCUAUUGUAUGGUGACGUCAUCGCCCACUACACACUCGUCAUUCAUCACUCGUCACGUGCACGCACUUCACCGAGGAUGAUGUUUGGGCUUUUCUACUUAAAAUGAAAAAAAAAAGAAUAUAUAUUUUAUAUAAUUUAUUAAUGGCCGAGGGGCCCCGGUUCCACUGUGUAUUAAUCUGUGAUUUAAGUGUGAUGGAUUCUAAUGUAAUUAAAAACAAGAAAAUUC